CAGCAGAAAAGACAUUGAGCAACAGCCCGCCCUAGCCCUUUCAUCUUUUCUCUUCAUCGCAUAUAGAGACUCUGUGUUGAAUAAUUGUUCGCUCCCAAAUUCUCUUCUUAGCCUAUAUUGAAAAAUCAUUCGCUCGUCGCGGCUUUUUCCGUUGGCACCGGAAAACAGUCGAUUUCCAGUUAAUCUUUCUUUGCAUUAUGGAUUUCACGGAGAUUCUAAAAGAUUACCCCUGUGUUACUAAGGAAUUUGUCAUGAACCUUCUAAAAGCUUGCCCUGGUGCCUCAGAACAAGAUGUGGUGAAACGUGUCCUCACUACUGGCCCACAUAUUAUGAAUGUCUCCUUCGGUUCUAACCUUCUCAGCAUGUUAGAACGUUCUCUUCGCCAUAUCAGUAACUCACGAAUAAACGAAAGGCUAAAAGGAAGAGAACAUGUUGUAGCUGGACCUUUACUUAAUGUGCAUUCCUUACAUGUACAACCAAAAAAAGCACUCAAAAAGCGACAACUCGCUGUGUAUGGUACGAUUCGGGUUAGGUAUGAAAAUAUCAUGAGUGGAGAAGAAAUGCAGCUUGAUCUUUAUAACCGGGGUGCCAAUAAUGCUGACAACAUUAGCUCAUGUGGUGGCAAUUUAACUCUUUGUUGGCCUGAUUCUCACCUUAGUUAUGAUGAUUUAUGGAUGAAAUUGCACAAAACAACUAUAGAAGUGGAUCUCUAUCACAAAAUUGGGGAUAAAGCUUUUCCAUUUGCUAAAGAGAAUAUUUUGGUGGGUGAUACAACUGAAGGUGAUUUUGAAGAAGUAAGAUCAAAAGAAUUCCAUUCUAAAAUGUGCUCUGCCACCUUGAUUUAUAUUGCAAUGCCAUUUGCUGUUCUCUGCCAAGUGUCUGUUCGACCAUCUAGCCAAGACAUGGGCAGAGUUGUUAAUAUUGCUGGAAAAAUUGUUGCGCGCUAUAAGAACACUUGUGGAAACUAUACUUCAGAACCGUUCAUCCUUUUUGAGAAGGAGGGUGAGUUUGAACCAGUACAGAUGAAUAAUGAACUUCGUAUGUCGAGGGAAUGGUUGGGGAUGCCAGCAUAUUCGUCACUUGAACUUGAUCUGGACUUGAGGGAUUUCGACACAAACAAAAAACUUACUCGUAGAGUAGAGUUGUUGGGCGAGAAUUGUAUGUAUGCAGCUGAAUAUGGAGCGGCUGUGGAUGGUUUUGCCAUUGCUGUAGAUGCAGGAUUGUAUCCGUACCCAUUGAAUGGUGUUGGGUGGAGAGAUUGUUUCAGCGACAAGAACCUUCUUUCUCUGCUGAAUUUUGAGUUGGAAUCGUCAUCACCCAACAAUGGCAACCUUUGGUGUCAUGAUCAAAGAUUGAAACCAUCACCAUUAGUAGAAUUCUACUCAAUCUUUAUCGGCUGUAAAAAAAGGGUGGCAUUGAAAGUUGUUGGCACUGUUGAAUUCUCUUCCGAUGGUAAUACCCGCUACUUAUUCAAGAGUCACAGUAAUGAUGGUGUGGAAGUAGAAGAUACACAGAAAGUAAUACCAUUGAAAGUUGUGUGCAUGAAUUUUGGCCAGUGUGACUCGCUUGAAUUUAAGGUCAAUCUGGAAGAUGUUGGUGGGAAUUUUCAGAAUACUGGUUUUGCUACUCAUGAGCUUGGAAAUGGAGUCCAUGGAACAUGUUUUGUCACCCAAAUAUGUUCUGUUUUUCCGGGCAAAAAAGGGUUUUGUGCGUUGCAUUACUCCUUGUUCCCAAGAGCUUGCCAAGCGAACAUCGAGAUUAUUUUCAAUAUUAAUAGCUUUCAUUCCGGAAUUAAGAGGAUCUACGGAAGUGCAUUUGUGGAAUAUAGCAACUUUGACUACUCAACUAAGUUCAAGAAAGAUUAUUUUCGGAGCAUGAUUUUCAAAAGGACGGAGAAGGAUCCAGUACAAUUAAAGGAGGAUGGGGAAGUACCACUUUCUCGAAAUGUUGUUGCGGUGCCAAUGGAUUCAUCCCUCAUUAUUGACAUGGCUUUUUGUGGCAUGUCUCUGAAACAUCAUGUAUCAUGCAGGGAUACAUUCAGUAUUGGACAUCGCAGCAUUGAACACGAGACGAAUGAUUAUAAACUUGAGAUCAAGUUGACUUGGAGUGAUGGAUUGUGCAAUGAUUGGAGUGAACUAGAGAAAGACAAGCAUCAAGAGAUAGCAACGUGAUCUGCGCGAUGGAUGUAAUGAUUUAGACGAAGAUGAGGUGUCUACGGUGCGACUAUGCUCUCAGAUCAAUGUGUACUGCCGUGGACAUGUAGCUAUUCUGAUCGACCCCUCUCCAAUACCAUUUGCAGUUUGCUCUGAUUGAUUCGAAUAAAUUUAAAAACCAAAACCUUUGCAUGGUGGUAUAUUAUGGGUUGCAAUUAGACCUUUGCAUACAAGGUGUAAUGUGUUUAUUUAUUAAAUUAUGAGAUUUAGACCUUUGCAUACAAGGUGUAAUGUGUUUAUUUAUUAAAUUAUGACAUUGUGCGACAACCAGAUAUUUACAUAAUUUUUUAUUCUGCUUUGAGUUUGU